CUCGGCCCUGAUCAGGAAGUGAAUCUGUGGGAAAUAGAAAAACGGUCCCUAGAAUGACAUAGAAGCGGGUGAGGUGGGGUAGACCGAGACACCGGGACUAACGCAGGACUCGACACCUAUUUGGAUUCAUCCAGGUGCAAAACCACGUUAUCUUUGGAAGGCAUAAAGCACCGGAGAAAAUGCUGAUUAAAGAAUUUCGAGUGAUCCUACCAAUUUCUGUGGAGGAGUAUCAGGUCGGGCAGCUGUACUCCGUAGCGGAGGCCAGUAAGAAUGAGACAGGUGGAGGAGAGGGUGUGGAGGUGUUGAAGAAUGAACCCUAUGAGAAGGAUGGAGAAAAGGGACAGUACACACACAAAAUCUACCACCUGCAGAGUAAAGUCCCGUCAUUUGUACGAAUGCUUGCACCAGCAUCAGCACUGAACAUUCAUGAGAAAGCUUGGAAUGCCUACCCAUAUUGCCGCACAGUAAUUACUAAUGAGUAUAUGAAAGAAAACUUCCUCAUCAAAAUCGAGACGUGGCACAAACCCGACAUGGGACAGCAGGAUAAUGUUCACGGUCUAGACCCAGACACCUGGAAGAAGGUGGAGGUGGUGUACAUAGACAUCGCAGACCGGAGUCAGGUGGAGCCAAAGGACUAUAAACCAGAUGAAGACCCCACUAAGUAUAAGUCUGUAAAGACUGGAAGAGGGCCGCUCGGUCCAGAUUGGAAGAAAGAGCUACCUAAAAAGACAGACUGCCCACACAUGUGUGCCUACAAACUGGUUACUGUCAAGUUCAAGUGGUGGGGCCUGCAAAACAAAGUGGAAAACUUUAUUCAAAAGCAAGAGAAGCGCUUGUUCACUAAUUUCCACAGGCAGCUGUUCUGUUGGAUUGAUAAAUGGAUCGAGCUGAACAUGGACGACAUCCGCAGAAUGGAGGAAGAGACCAGGAAGGAACUGGAUGAGAUGAGAGUGAAGGAUCCAGUGAAAGGCAUGGUGGCUCUUGAAGACUGAGGCUGCUCUGUGUUCCUGGAUGCUGCUGUUCAUGAAGUAUUUCUCAGAUCAGACCUGAACUACUGGAGACCAGCAGCAUCACUCCCCUCAAUCAAAUCAAAGCAACAUGUCUUUUUAAUCGUAAUCAAAGUCCUUCAUCCAGCCCUUUUGGUGGUUGUUUGUCCUGAGCAUCCUUCAUAUCCUCCUUUCAGUCUGACAGUGGAGCACAUUGACUUGUUAAAUAGGCUAUUAUACUGGUUCUAACGUCAUGCCCAGUUUAUGAAGUCUACCUACUUAAACAAAUACAGGGACGAUCAGCAGUUCGUCAUUUAUGAUGUCAGAUCAUUACCUUAAUAAAUGGAGCUCGGCAGAAUUGUGUUUUAAGAUGAGUUUAACGUAAAGCAGAUGAUAUUUGUGUGUAUAUAUAUAUAUUCAGAAAAUCUAUUGGCAGUGGAAUUAUUGUGACAGAUGCAUAAACAGGGUUUUUAAGUAAUUGUUCUAUUUUUUUUUUUUUUGCAGACCAAGCUGGUUUUCCUUGUUUUGUUUCAAUCUGUAGUGAUUUGUUUUUGUUGCUGUAUGUUUCAAUUUCAUUUUACCCACUUUUUAACCUAUUUACCAGCUGCUCCGAGGUGGAAGUGUGUCUCUUUAUAGUGUAGUACUGUACAAUCACAGUCGUGUCAUCCUGACCACUAGUUUAUUUGUAACAUGCAUUGUGGAUACUCUUUUUGACUGGCAGCUGCUCGGUCACGUUAAAAUGUCAGACUGCAAGUACAGUUCAUAUUUAAAUGCAAAACAGAGUUUAUUAUAAUCAGCUGAUGGAACAGUAUCGCAUUCUUGAAAUAAGCUGAAGUUAAAAGUAUUGUUGUUUGUUAAUCAGUCAAUAUUAUUGGUUUCAUUGUCAUUUCUUUCACAGUUUCCUUGUGUGUGCUAUUUUAGUCAAGUUUUUUUUUAUAAAAAAGACAGGUGUACAGUAGGUGUAGCGCUCCCUCCCUCGGUUGUUUUUGAUUGGUUUACAAGAUCAGGCUCCGCCCUUUUCUUUAGUCAGUAUCUGACUGACUGUCUUUGAAAGAACUUGAAGAGGCGACGCUAAACCUUUAAGUCUUUACAUCUUUCAUAAAAGGUUUAUUGCUAAUAUAGAAAAAGUUUCUUCCUGACUAUUUUGUUGCUACAAGAUGAGGUGCUCAAGGAGGAUGUUUUAUGUUAUGUGCAUAUUUUAUAAAUGUAUUAUUCAUUUUCAUCUCACCUCCUUUCCAUUUUAUUGAAGGAUUGAUUGUCGUACUUCCCCUUUUAUAACACGUCUUGAGGAUAAAGACACAUUUAUCCAGAUAUUAGCAAUAAUACCUCCUUUGACAAAACCUUCCAGCCAACAUACAUGAUGUGAGAUAGUGACUUUAGAAGUGUAUAAUCCAUUCCCUCUCAGAAUGUUGCGUCAUUAGGACUUUAAUACAAAUAUACUCUCACUUCCAAUCGCUCCUUGUUUUAUUGAUAUGGAAUCGGGUAAGGAAGGUGAAAUGGGUUGAGUAUGGGUUUUUAAAUCAGUCUUUUCUUAGUAACGUGAUGUGUGUAUGGAUGUAUGUGCGUUUGAAGUUCUCAGUGUUUCUUGUUUUCGCGUGAGGGACAUCCGACAUGUAACUAAAAUGGAGGUUUACACCCUUGUGUUUCUUUCCGCCAAUGCUCAGGACCCAUUGACGCACACCUAAAUUCACUCUGACAAGAGUUAAAUAUUCUUGUAGAAUUAUAUCGAAUUCUUUGAAAUUCGUAGAAAUUCCAUUGAAUUCUUAAAAGAUGAAUGCAGGUUUUGUGGUGUAGAUUGCGCGUUAAAACAUCUUUACCGUCAUAAUACAAUACACCAGAACUAUGUUGGUCCUGAGUCUAAUCAAAGUGAUGUAUGGAUGUAUGUAUUGAAUUGUAUAUAGUAUAUAAAUAUAUGUAGAUGAACACAUAAAUAUAUAUAUAUAUAACUAUAUAAAUAUAGCUCAGACUAUCCUGCCAGCACAUACAGCCUUCCAUCAACCCAACCAGAGUAAUUAUAUCAAGUGGUUUAGUAAUGGCUGGGUGUUAUCUGUGGGAAAAGUUACUGGAAUGUGGUGAUUUAUGGUGGUUUAGGAAAUUAAAAAUUACACUUGAACUAAUGAUUUGAACAAUCUAUAACGGAACCUUCAGAUAACUCCGCCCAUCACUGUCACUGGCCCCGCCCCUCAUCCCUGGCCGCUCAUCUUUGGCAGGAUGGUGUCUAAAUAUGUUUUCAUUCAUCGAUUGUUGUUGUAUUUUUGCUGUGAGCUGUAGAAAUCUCUCACUUUUAAAUUCCUUUCAAAGCUUACACUGUGACUGAAGCCACGACCUUUGACCUUUGGACUAGGUUGCCAUUCUCUCAGGAGACGCGAUUGAAACUUGUCCAAGCUGGUGUUUGAAUAACAGACAGGUGGCUUAUAAAAGGGAACUAUCCACAUGAACUGAUCAUCCACAGUUUGUGUUACCAUUAUUCGAGGCACAUCAUGGUAAACAGGACUUUCUCAUAGAUAUGUUGUUGUUAGAUUUCACGAUUUGUUGUCGAAAUUAAAACCCAAUGAUUCUAGAAAUACAAAAAAAAAUGUUUUUUGAAUUUGUUUCACCCCACCCUGUCAUGUCAUGUUUUUUUAUUUUAUUUCUUUUACUGUGAAUUUGUGCCUUUUGUCAUCUUAUCUUCCAAUAAAACUACAUUGGAGAUGUGAAAAAAAUAAAUAAACUUUUAAAAAGUAGUGUUUUACUGGUUUACAUGUCUUUAAGUUCUAAAAAACUUAAGUUCUGAAUUUUUUCAGUAAAUUUGUACUCCAUUUUUUUCUCUGAUCAAACACACCUUUCAGUUGUGUGCUUAAAGGGAUAGUUCACCCAAAAAUUCUGUCAUUAAUUACUCACCCUCAUGUUGUUUCAAACCCGCAAGACCUUUGUUCAUCUUCAAAACUCAAAUUAAGAUAUUUUUUAUGAAAUCCGAGAACCCUGCAUAGACAGCAAAGCAACUGACACAUUCAAGGCCCAGAAAGGUAGGUACAUCAGUGGUUCAACAAAAAAAAAAAAAAACACUUUACUGUCCUCAACAC